UCAACUCUUCUUAAAUUCUUUGGAUGAAACCUACUUGAUUGUAUUGUCAUCAAACAUGGCAGAGGUUGUGAUAAGUUGCAGAACGCAUUUGAUAAUCCUCGCUACUUUUCUUCUUGUUCUUCUUACUCCGUACAUUUCUCCUUACGAUCACCAUUCCAUUAUCAACACUGAUUUCUUCUCUUCUUCGUCUUUGUCUUCCAUUAUGCAUAAAAGACCAUAUGUGUUGUCUCAACGUUCUUAUGAUAGUGGAAUCCUCUCGGUUACCUCCGUUGUUGAUGGAACACAUAAUGCAAUUCAUAUCAGAGAGAAACUUGCAGGUGCCGAAAAGAUUGAAGAUGACCUUGCAAGAGCUAGAGAUGCCAUUAGAAAAGCAAUUCUCACACGCAAUUACACGUCUAACAAAGCUGAAGAUUUCAUUCCCACCGGAACAGUUUACAGGAAUUCUUACGCCUUUCAUCAGUAA